CAGGUCUUUGCCUGCCUGGACCCUCAUCCUGAGCAGUGUGAUUAGAUGAAGGACUGUGGAGGUUCCUGCACUUGAACUAAGCCUAUAACAGUGUUUGGGAGACUGAGUUGCCCCAUAAGACCGCCUGUGCCAAGCUCACCAUGGGUGGCGGGCUGAUGGAGAAGUAUGUGGCUGCCAUGGUGCUGAGUGCAGCUGGUGACACCCUGGGGUACUUCAAUGGGAAGUGGGAGUUCCUUCGGGAUGGGGAGAAGAUACACCAACAGUUGGCCCAGAUGGGUGACUUGGAAGCCAUAGACGUGGCACAGUGGAGAGUCAGUGACGACACAGUGAUGCACCUGGCGACAGCGGAAGCCCUCGUGGAGGCUGGCAAAUCCCCGGACUUGGCUCAGCUGUAUUCCCUACUAGCUAAACAUUACCAGAAAUGCAUGGGAGACAUGGAUGGCCGGGCACCAGGUGGCGCUUGUAUGCAAAAUGCCAUGAAGCUUAAACCCAACAGGCCCGAAGGCUGGAGGAUUCCCUUCAGCGACCGAGAGGGCGGCUGCGGGGCUGCCAUGCGUGCCAUGUGCAUCGGGCUGAGGUUUCCUCACCCCAGCCAGCUGGAUAUGCUGAUCCAAGUGAGCAUUGAGAGUGGCCGGAUGACCCACCACCACCCCACAGGCUACCUUGGAAGCCUUGCAUCAGCUCUUUUUACAGCGUAUGCCGUGAAUGGCACAUCCCCAUGGCAGUGGGGGAAGGGUCUGAUGGAAGUGCUACCAGAAGCCAAAAAGUACAUUGUCCAGUCAGGCUACUUUGUGGAGGAAAACCUUCAACACUGGUCCUACUUCCAGAAAGAAUGGGAAAAGUACCUGGAACUUAGAGGAAUUUUGGAUGGCAAGUCAGCUCCAGUCUUCCCGCAGCCCUUUGGUGUGAAGGAAAGAGAUCAGUUCUAUAUCGACCUGAGUUACUCUGGCUGGGGUGGCAGCAGCGGACACGAUGCCCCCAUGAUUGCCUAUGAUGCCCUCCUCGCUGCAGGGGAUUCCUGGAAGGAGCUAGCACACAGGGCCUUUUUCCACGGCGGAGACAGUGACUCCACAGCAGUCAUUGCUGGCUGCUGGUGGGGAGUGAUGCACGGUUUUAAAGGAGUAAAUCCUUCUAACUAUGAGAAGCUCGAAUACCGGCAGCGGUUAGAAGAGGCAGCAAGGGCUUUGUAUACUCUUGGGUCAAAAGAAGACCCUGCAGGUGACCCCUAGGGAGAGGGUGGUCUGUUUCUGGUGGUUUCUUUCCCAGUAGCCCCCGAUUCUUCUUAGUCUCUUCAGCUUUUCCUGUGUCAAGAAUCCUAAUCUUUUGCUCGAAGAGUUUGAGAUAACAAGCCCCUGUGCACCUUUAGUCCCACCUCCCCGCCCUCACCCUGCUCUCCCCAAGUUCAUCCCUGUGUUUGGGAAUGUGUUUAUUUCAGUUGAUGGGGUCUGCUUUUCCCGUUCCAGAACCCCUAUAUCCUUGUAUUUGAGUUUUUUGUUUUUAUCAUGGAGUUGUUUUAAAUGCUUUGUCUGAUUUUUUUUUUCCCCCACUUGAUUGGGUCUUCUACCUACCCCAAGUAGGCCCAGGCAGAGAU